AUGUCCUCCGACGCCGCGCGGCACGCGCAGCUCGAGGCCAAGCUCGACUCACUGGCUUCGCUGAGGCAGGAGGUGCAGCGCCUCUACGAGUCAACGCGCGCCGAGCUUUACGCUGUGCGCGAGGAGGUGACGCGCGAGCGGAGGGCACGCGUCGCCCUCGGAGCGGAGAACGCACGGCUGCAGGAGUGGAACCGAGAGCUGUCUGCGCAGCUCUCGAGCCUGCUCGAGCAGCGGCUCCGACUCGAGCUCGCUUCGGUGGCGGUGGAGCGGGCCAAGCUCGAGGCGGCGCUGCAGCAGGCGCGGAGGGGCGCCGAGGAGGCGGAGGAGCGGUGUGGCGCCCUCGCGCGCAGCGGCGAGGCGCGAUGCUGCGCAGCCUCACCGCCACUGCUCUUCCCGGACACCUCCUAG